CGCUGCUAGAGGCAUUGAUAACUCCGCCAAAACACGCCGAGAAACAGAAACUCCAAUGGCGGCGACUCGUCGGAUCUACCUAGGCGUUCUACUGCUCCUGGCCGUGGCGGCAUCGACGACGUCGGGAGCGGCGGCGUUUGGCCUACCGCGGGGCCUGAGGCCCGGGCACUGCGCCUCCGUGUUCCGGACGUAUGACACGGUCUCUCCGUUCAUGACGGGCAACACGACGGCCAUCCACCUCGGCAACACCAAGUCCUGCGUCGCCGGCUACGGGGGCCGCCUGGAUCCCCACACCGCGUACCAGUUCUGCAUCCCCUCCUGGGUCGCCUUCACAGGCAACGGUACCCUCGUCGGCGAGGCCGCCAUGAACCACGCCGCCGUCAGCCCUGGGACGGCCGUCUCCGGCUUCAAGCGCCUCCUUGGCAUCAGGAUGUACAACGAGAUGGUAAAGAGAGAGGCGGAGCUAGUGCCGUACCACUUCACCGAGCAGCUGGGAAGAUGCGGCAUCGAGAUGGAGAUUGAGGAAGGCAACGUGAAGAGAUUCCUCCCCGAAGAUGUCGCCAGCAUCCUUGUAGCCGAGCUGAAGCGAAUGGCGGAAGCGCAUCUGGGCCGCGAGAUCAGGUACGCCGUGGUCACUGUCCCCGGGCACUUCAACGGCCUUCAACACAGUUCGCUCGUCAUGGAAGCUGCCCAGUGGCGUGGUGGCUUCCGUACUGCCAAGCUUGUGGACGAGCAGGUCGCGGCGGCGGCUGCGUACCGCCUUCAUGAGAAGAGGGGCGACCGCAAGGUCAUCCUCGUCUUCCAUCUCGGCGGCCGCACUUGCCACGCCGCCAAGUUCAGGUUCAAGGAUGGCUCGGGCCAUCUCUUGGACGAACACCAUGAUCCCUACCUGGGCGGUGACGACUUCACCGGCAGGCUUGUGGACUAUUUCGUGGAGCUGAUCAAGGAGAAGCAUCUCCGGGACAUCCGUGGGGAUGAGGGCGCUCUCAGGAAGCUGAGGGCGGACUGCGAGAGGGCCAAGAAGCUACUGAGCGACCCAGAGGGUGUUCUUAUGAGGAGCUCACACGACUCACACGAGGAGCUCACACGAGCCAAGUUCGAGGAGCUGAACCGUGCCCUCAUGGAGAGAGCAAUGGAAAUAGUGGAGACGGUGGUGAUGGGAGGUGCUCCCACUUCCGAGAUGCAGAGCCGCAAGGACGCCAUCGACGAGGUCAUUCUCGUCGGUGGCAGUGUGAGGAUCCCCAUGCUUGGGCAGCUCCUCGGGGAUUAUUUCAAUGGCAGGGGGCUAAUCAGGGACGAGGACGCGGUAAUCCGGGGUGCUGCUCUUCUGUCACGUCCCGAGUCUGCUAGAUACGUGGAGGAAUGCUACUAUGGAGGAGUGUCAGGGCCUCUCUGGUUGGCAAAAUAAACACACAAAUAGGAUAUAUACCGGGCGGUCUAUCCUCCCCUGAUUUUCACCGGGCGGUCUAUCCUCCCCUAUUUUCAAUCACUAGCAAAUAUGCCCGUGCGUUACAACGAGAGAAAACAACCCUCACACGCCUUUACCCAUUGAGCAUGAUUAAAGACCUCACCCUUGUGUCCCUAAAAUAAUAAAUAUGAUUAAUGCCUCAUCCUCAGGUUCACAUCCUCCAUUUCAAUACAACAUUAGACACAUGUUUCUGCUUGCCGUUUUUGCCGUCCUUGCCGCCGAUGGUCGCAGCACCAGUUGUCCCUCAUCAAGGUUGGCCAGGUCGAUUGUUGAGCUGCCUUCAUGUCCGAGGAAGAUCAAGAGCCGUGAACAAAGUUUU